AUGGAAGUUCCCAGCUGUGAACAUUCUAUUGGACAUCCUGGGAAGGAGAUGGGCCAUCCUGUACAUCCUGGGAAGGAUAUGGACUGUCCUCGACACCCUGGAAUCGAGAUGGACUGUACUAAACACCCUGGAAAGGAGAGGGACAGCGGGAUGACCUUGACAACAGACAUGACCCUGCAGCAGGAAACGUGUGAUGUGAACUUUCCCCAACCUGGCAACACAUCAACCUUACAGGUACAGGAGAGCAGAGCUAGUAUGGGAAGGCAUGUGGUUAAACUUAAACACACCAGUGAGAAACCCUACAUGUGUGAGGAGUGUGGAUACAGGGCAAGUCAAAAGCACCACUUAUCCCGACAUAUGAGAAUCCAUACAGGGGAAAGGCCCUACAGGUGCGACCAGUGUGACUAUUCCGCGGCAGUUAAACAUCAUCUGAUCGACCAUCAAACAACACAUUCCGGUGAGAAACCCUACAUGUGUGGAGAGUGCGGGUACAGGUCAGCUAAAAGAUCUACAUUAACCCGACAUAUGAGAACCCAUACAGGAGAAAAAACGUACAAAUGCGACCAUUGUGACUAUUCUGCUGCAGACAGGGUCUCAUUAGACCAACAUGUACACACCUUCAGUCAGCUUCAAGUCAAACAAACUGCGAAAGAGACGCACAUAAAUGAUGAGACGGGAGACACUGGAUGGCAACAGGAUAAACAAGAGAACGUGUUGUGUCAGGAAACGUACUCUGAGUACAACGAGGACCAGGAAAAAUACGACUACAGCGCAACCCAACCAACCGGGCAUCCUUGGAACGAGACUUCCUACAGUUGGGAGGAGACAACAGUCACAGGACGGCAGAAGGACGAGGAAAGGGACGUUCCAAAAGACGAAACGUGCGGUUGUGGAUACAGGACUGCUAACAGAUCCCACUUAUCCCGACAUAUGAAAACCCACACGGGGGAUAGACCUUACAUGUGUGACCAGUGUGACUAUUCCGCAGCAGAGAAACAUAAUCUGAUCGACCAUCAAACAACACAUUCCGGUGAGAAACCCUACAUGUGUGAGAAGUGUGGCUUCAGGGCGGCUCAAAGAUCUACAUUAUCCAAACAUAUGAGAAUCCAUACAGGGUAA